CGCCGGCUCGUCCUCGGCACGAACUCUCCCUGACCUUGGCCGGGUCUCUGUAAUGCUCUGAACCGGCGCCACCGUCGGUAAAAUGGAACUCCUGAGCCCCGCGUCCUCCAAGGGUCGUUUUGCGGCUCAGUGGCGGGAACCCCCUCACGGUGCCUUGGAGUAACCGGGCGGUUUGGCCGGGGACUCGACCACCUCCGGUGAGAGAAAAGAGCUGCCUGGCCGUCGAGUUGUGUCACAGGCUCUGCCUUGGGGGGCCGGGCGGGGAGACGCUCUCUCUUUUUUUUAAGUUGAAGAAAAUCUAGAAUAUGACGAAGUAGUUGAAAAGCUGUGGUUUAACGUAGGACGGGGAGCUUGGAGGAACGGGGGGGCCCUGGCUCAGAUGAGCCACGUUGAGGCCCAUGCUGCGAACACGGCUCUCUGUUCGUCUUUCUCUUGUGAAUAAGAGCCCCUUAGCUUUUGAAGAAUUCCUAUCGGUGAUUCCUGUGGUUUGCCCAGACCCCUCCCACCCACGUAGAAACGUCUGGUGCUGGCCAGGCAAGUUCAGAGUGUUGCCCAUGUGAGUUCUUUGUGUACCAUGGGCCCAAGUCAGGGCAUCCAGUACAGCCAUACCGUGGAUGACUGUGGGAAUGUCGGGACCCCUCCCUCCCGUGGACAUAAAUAGGCCACAGAAAGGAAGCAUAUUGAAGAGGUUGGGAGAAAUUUCAAAUCUUUGAAUUGGCUUAAACGGAAACUUUCCACCCCAGGUGACUGGCAUGCAGAUGCCCAUGCUCUGACGUUGCUGCCCCUCUACUGACAUGGCCCACCGGGGUGGGGAGAGGGACUUCCAGACUUCGGCUCGGCGCAUGGGCACCUCGCUGCUCUUCCAGCUUUCAGUCCAUGAACGGGAACUGGACCUGGUUUUUCUGGAUCAUAGCUAUGCCAAGCCGUGGAGUGCCCACCCAGAUGCCAGCAGUGCCCGCCCCACCCGCAUGCUCUUUGUUACUCCCCGGCGACAGCAUGAAGCUACCAUUGAAUCAGACGUCCCAAUAGAUGUUGAGACCAUCACGUCAGCCCCUGUACCGCUGUAUGACAAUCAGAAGGCACGCAGCGUGAUGAAUGAGUGUGAACGGCAUGUCAUCUUCGCCAGGACUGAUGCGGAUGCCCCUCCCCCUCCGGAGGACUGGGAGGAGCAUGUCAACAGGACUGGCUGGACAGUGGCCCAGAACAAGCUAUUCAACAAGACCCUCAAAGCCCUGCAGUGUGACCGGCUUGCCCGCCUGGCCAAUGAAGGGGCUUGUAAUGAGCCAGUGCUGCGCCGUGUUGCCGUGGACAAGUGUGCAAGGAGAGUACGACAGGCCCUGGCAAGUGUAAGCUGGGACACCAAGCUGAUCCAGUGGCUACAUACUACCCUCGUGGAGACCUUGAGUCUGCCCAUGCUGGCAGCCUACCUGGAUGCUUUGCAGACGCUGAAAGGGAAGAUCCCAACCUUGAUUGACCGAAUGCUUGUGUCUUCCAACACAAAGACUGGGGCUGCGGGAGCUGAGGCCUUGUCCCUUCUCCUCAAGCGGCCAUGGGACCCUGCCAUCGGGGUGCUUUCUCACAACAAACCAAGCAAACUCCCAGGCUCUCCUCUGAUCCUCAUCGCCUCCUCGGGCCCCUCCAGCUCUGUGUUCCCCACCUCACGUCGUCACCGCUUCUGGCAGUCUCAGCUCUCCUGCUUAGGCAAGGUCAUCCCUGUAGCCACUCAUCUGUUGAACAAUGGCAGUGGGGUAGGAGUUCUGCAGUGUCUUGAGCAUAUGAUUGGAGCAGUGAGAAGCAAAGUGCUGGAGAUUCACAGCCAUUUUCCACAUAAACCAAUUAUCUUGAUUGGUUGGAACACAGGAGCUUUGGUGGCCUGUCACGUGUCGGUGAUGGAGUGUGUCACUGCAGUUGUCUGCCUUGGGUUUCCUCUCCUCACUGUGGAUGGCCCCAGAGGGGAUGUGGAUGAUCCACUUUUGGAUAUGAAGACUCCAGUCCUCUUUGUCAUUGGUCAGAAUUCCCUGCAGUGUCACCCUGAAGCCAUGGAGGACUUCCGGGAGAAGAUUCGGGCUGAGAACAGCUUGGUGGUGGUUGGAGGCGCUGAUGACAAUCUCAGAAUAAGCAAAGCAAAGAAGAAAUCAGAAGGCUUGACUCAGAGCAUGGUGGACAGAUGUAUUCAGGAUGAGAUUGUGGACUUCCUGACGGGAGUGCUCACUCGCACUGAAGGCCCUGUGGGCUCUGAGCCUCGGGAUUUGGAUGCUGAGAAGAAGAAGAAGCCUCGUGAUGUCGCCCGUCGGGACCUGGCCUUUGAAAUUCCGGAGCGGGGCAGUCGGCCUGCCUCCCCUGCUGCCAAGCUGCCAGCCUCACCCUCAGGCUCAGAGGAUCUUUCCAGUGUGUCCAGCAGUCCCACCUCCAGUCCCAAGACCAAAGUGACCACAGUCCCCUCUGCCCAGAAGUCUAGUCAGAUUGGCAGCUCUCAGCUGCUGAAGAGACACGUGCAGCGGACAGAGGCUGUGCUGACCCACAAACAAGCCCAAGCACAGUUUGCUGCUUUUCUGAAACAAAAUAUGCUGGUGAGGAAAGCUCUUCCUCCUGGCGCCUCCUCCUGUCUCUUUGUUCCCAUUUCAUCAGAACCAACGGAGGAGGCAGAGAAAGAGGAUCUUAGGGUCCAGCUGAAGCGACACCACCCCUCCAGUCCUCUGCCUGGCAGUAAGACCUGCAAGCGACCAAAGAUCAAGGUGUCCCUUAUCUCCCAAGGGGACACCCCUUCCCAAGGAGGUGCCGAAGUUGCAGGAGGGAAACCCAUCACCAUGACACUAGGACAGGCUUCAGCAGGGGCCAAGGAGCUCACCGGACUGCUCUCCACAACCAGGUCAAGUGCUUCUGAAGGUGGAAUCGCAGCUGGCCCAACCCCCUCAAUGGUCUCCAGCAGCACCACACCCAGCACCUUGCACACACUCCAGAGCCGACUGGUGGCCACCUCUACAGGCAGCUCCCUCCCAGGGGCUACAUCAGCCAGCAGCCUUCUCCAAGGCCUCAGCUUCAGCUUGCAGGAUAUCAGCAGCAAGACCUCUGGCCUCCCUGCAAAUCCUUCCCCAGGGCCCGCUCCACAGGCCACCAGUGUGAAGUUGCCCACCCCCAUGCAGAGCCUGGGUGCCAUCACCACGGGCACCAGCACCAUUGUCCGUACCAUUCCUGUGGCCACCACUCUCUCCUCCUUGGGUGCCACUCCUGGUGGGAAGCCCACAGCCAUCCACCAGCUGCUGACCAAUGGGGGCCUCGCUAAGUUGGCAAGCAGCCUCCCUGGCCUGGCUCAGAUCUCUAACCAAGCAUCAGGCUUGAAGGUCCCCACCACCAUUACACUGACUCUGCGUGGCCAGCCAAGCAGAAUUACCACACUGAGCCCUAUGGGCUCAGGAGCAGCCCUAUCUGAGGAGCCCACUUCCCAGGUGCCACCCUCCAGCUCUCAGCGCCUGCCUCCAGCACCCUGAAGAUGCUGUGUGAUAUAUCUUCCUUACCAGUUGGUGAUGGCCUCACGGUGGGCCCUGGGCACAUAUGUGGUCCUGCUGAGCUGUCCAGGUGUCUGAAGACCUCUCUAAGACAGUCAUUUUUGCUCUCUGCCAGCUGUCUUCAGGCUGGGCCUCUGGGUCUUACAAAACGUCGGUCUAAGAGAUUAUGCACCCAUCAGGGGAGCAACACCCUCCAGGAUCUGCAAGUCUGGUUCCUACAGUCUCCAGCGUCCUUUGUAGAUCUGGCUGUGUAUGGGUCAUAGGCACUCCACCCCCUCCAUCAGCUGUGAUUUCACCCAGGUGUCACUGUGGAGAGGCUUAUUGAGUCUGGUAAUGAAUUGUCCUUUUGGAAGGCUGUCCUCUGAGCAUGCCCAGCUGGAAGGAGAAAACCACGUGCUCUGAGCUGUAGGUGUCAUUGAGAUUGAGAACUUGGGUCAUCUUGGCCCACAGCUGCUGGUUCCAGACCAGGAGGGCUUGUUGUGAGAGCCUCACUGUGGCCUUCACUGGCAACCAUGGAAAACUCCCUCAAACCACAUCAGACAUCGAGCGACCUGCCACUCUAGAUUGUGAUCAGCAGUGGUACCAGGAAGAGAAAGUGGACCCAUUUCUUUUUUUUACUAUGCUCUGAGAGGCUCCUGUAUCCAGAGAGCCGGCAGUUCCAAAAGCUGAAGAAGAGGAAUGGACAAGAAGAGGCAUUUGUGGCAGGUCAUGCCAGGGAGUCCUCCACAGGAACCUCUAGGCAUGGGAUUCAGGUUGAGGCACCUGAGGAACUGGUGAGCUGGUGAUGAGAAGUAGAAUUUUCCAAGUCAAAGGGAAGAAACUCCAGUCCUCAGAAGUCCUGUCUCCAGUGCCUGGAGGUGGAACAGUGGCAGACGGUUGAGCUGAUGUCCUUGCUGGCACAGGAAGCUGAGAGGGCAUCAGGAGGACAAAGGCUACACUUCAGUGUUUAUUCCUCAGAAUUUUAAUCUUCCUCUUUCAAAGUGGGAAGAUUACUGGCAGUGACUCUACUAUGUAGGGCUCUUGGUAGCAGCCUAAGCCCUGUAGGUUACAGUGCCUGGAAGAGGGGUCAGUGAGGAACUCUGACCCUUCCGCCUUACCUAGUCACAACACUUGUAUGCAAAGGUAGUUUUAGGUUUGCUUUGAACAUGUCCCCUCCAGAGCAGAGUGUUUCAAGUCAAGGUGACAGGUUAAGUAACCCGGGUGUGGCUCUGUAUUCUAGAUAAAGCCUGCCCGUAAUAUGGCUCAAAUUGGAGUCCAGGGUUCUGACCCACAGUGCAGUGUAUAUCUAUUUCAGGUUACCUGUGUGCAACCCAGGGGCCUCACAUGUGAUCUGAGUGGCAGCCAGGAGAAAGGAGUGAGCUGAGGAG